GAAAAGAGAGAGAAAAUCCCCUCCUCGCCCCGCGGGCCCCUUUUGUGUGGUUCCUGCCAACGCAGCAGGCCUCCUGCUAUAUAGCCGCGCCGGCCGCGCCGACCUGCAUCCACCGCCAUGGGGAAGAUCACCUUCUACGAGGACCGCGGCUUCCAGGGCCGGCACUACGAGUGCAGCAGCGACUGCCCCAACCUGCAGCCCUACUUCAGCCGCUGCAACUCCAUCCGCGUGGACAGCGGCUGCUGGAUGCUCUACGAGCGCCCCAACUACCAGGGCCACCAGUACUUCCUGCGGCGCGGGGACUACCCCGACUACCAGCAGUGGCUGGGCCUCAGCGACGCCGUCCGCUCCUGCCGCCUCAUCCCCCACACCAGCUCCCAAAGGAUCAGGAUCUACGAGCGAGAGGACUACCGGGGCCAGAUGGUAGAGAUCACCGAGGACUGCUCCUCGCUUCACGACCGCUUCCACUUCAGUGAGAUCCACUCCUUCCACGUGCUGGAGGGCUACUGGGUCCUCUACGAGCUGCCCAACUACCGGGGGCGCCAGUACCUGCUGAGGCCGGGGGACUACAGGCGCUACCACGACUGGGGCGCCCCGAGUGCCCGGGUGGGCUCCUUGAGGAGAGCCGUGGAUUUCUACUGAAACAUUUUUACUCUACCCUGGUCUCCAUCUGGAAGCUAAUAAAAUAUUUCCUGUGUGU